GGUGCGCUUUCCUCCGCUUAAAAUCACUUUUUCUUAAUUUUUUUUUUAGUUUAACUUUGUUUUGAGUGUUGUUUUCGUUGUUGUUAUUAUUUGUUGUUAUAUUUUCUGAGCCAUAACAAUGCACGUGGAGGAGCUGAGGGCCAGCCUGCAGAGCUUCGGCUGGCUGGAUUAUCUGGUCUUCUGCCUGAUGCUGGCCAUCUGCGCCGUGAUUGGUAUCUAUUUCUGUCUCCAGCUUCGCCGGGAGUCCAGGAAGCAGAAGAAGCUCCAUGGGGCCGAGGAGGCGGCCACCAGUGCAGCCUCCUACUUGGUGGGCGGCAGGCAAAUGAAGAUCUUCCCCAUCACCAUGUCACUUAUAUCCAGCUUUAUAUCGGGCAUCACGCUUCUUGGGACCCCCACAGAGGUGUAUCUGUAUGGCGCCCAGUACAUGUACAUCAUGGGAUCCCUGGUGCUGAUGGGCUUUUGCAUGUACUAUUUCUUUCUGCCGGUUUUCCAUGAACUGAAUCUGAUAUCCACCUACAAGUACCUGGAGCAGCGUUACAAUCGUAGCCUGCGGCUCUUUGGCUCCGUGAUGUUUAUUGUGGCAUCGCUCCUUUGGCUACCGAUUGUGAUCUAUGUGCCGGCCAUAGCCUUUAACCAGGCCACCGGUGUGAAUAUCCACAUUGUGACCCCCAUUGUGUGUGUGGUUUGCAUUUUCUACACCUGCAUUGGUGGCCUGAAGGCAGUGGUCUGGACGGAUGUCAUCCAGACUUUGAUCAUGUUCGGAGCCAUGGCUCUGGUGCUGAUCAAGGGCACCAUGGACAUCGGCGGACCCGGCGUGGUGUGGCAACGGGCCCAGGAGACCUCGCGACUGGAGAGGCCGAACUUUAGUGCAGAUCUCAGCGAGCGUUACACCUUCUACUCGCUGGUCCUGGGCGGCGUGGCCCACUGGCUCAAGUCGAAUGCCAUUAGCCAGAACAUGAUCCAGCGGUAUUUGUCGCUGCCAACGCUGCGGCAUGCCAGGAUUGCCAUUUGGACAUUCAUAGCCGGUGUCCUGGCCUUCCUCCUGAUCUGCGGCUACACGGGUCUACUCAUCUAUGCCACAUACGCCCAGUGUGAUCCUCUGGAGACCAAGCUGGCGCAAAGGAAUGACCAGUUGCUGCCGCUUCUGGUAAUGGAGACUCUUGGCGCUUAUCCCGGUCUGCCGGGUGUCUUUGUCGCCGGCGUCUUUAGUGCCGCUCUAUCGUCAUUAUCCACCGGCUUGAAUUCCCUGUCGGCGGUGGUGCUGGAGGAUUUUGUAAAGACCUUCCGGAAGAGUCCUUUGACCGAGGGACAGACGGCCUUUGUAAUGCGCAGCGUGGUCGUGGUCUUUGGCAUCCUAUUUGUGGCCUUGGUUUUUGCCGUGGAGAAGCUGGGAGCUGUCCUGCAGCUAACAAUCACCCUGUCCUCGGUGGCCAAUGGACCGCUAUUGGGCAUCUUCACCGCCGGCGUCAUGCUGCCGUGGGUGAACUCAAAGGGUGCCCUCCUGGGUGGCUUCAGUUCCCUGCUGGUCAUGGCCUGGAUGUGUGUGAGUGCCCAGCGAGAUCUGGUCACCGGGGAUUUGGUGUACAAGCGGAAGCCCUACUCAACGAUGGGCUGCAACUACACCUUUGCGGGCGAGCCCCGGGAGUUUGCUGGUCUCUCUGGAGGAGGAGUAGCUGCCAUCAGCACCGCUGCCAGUGCUGCUCCCUUUCAGCUGUACCGCAUUUCGUAUCUUUAUUUCACCCUGUUUGGCGCCUUGGUCACCAUAGUGGUGGCCCUGGUCACUAGCCUAGUCCUUCGGGAAACCGAUCUGGAUGCAGUGGACACCCGCCUGCUCACGCCCUUCGUGCGGCGCUGGCUGGAGCGGCGUCGUCAUCGUCUGCGAUCGCAGGUGCCGGAUCCUCGCCAGAAGUCGGACAAAGUGGAGACCACCACGUGACAGGAGAGUAGGGGGGAGUAGGAUAUAUACACAUAUCCUGGCCAUGUUCCAUGUUCCUUGCGGUAGCUUAGCAAA